GACGAACUCCCGAACGGAUCGCAGCGGACAAAGUGUGGGCCGGCCCGAAGCGAAAAAGUGACCAAGUGAAAAGGUCUUCGAACCGAUUAUCGUGAUCCUGUUUUUCUUUUCUGACCGUACAGAGGGAGGACAGCGUAACGCCCCCAGUCGGACGAUAAAUCCCCAAAAGAAGUAAAAAAUGAACAGCAGUGGCAAAGGAGCGGGCCCGGACCAGGUGCAACCGCUCAACCAACCGCCGUACCCCACCGCACAGACCGGCGCUUACAUGCCGAAUAUGCCGGGGACGAACGCAUACCCUCACCCACCGACAGACGCACCCAGCUACAUGCACCCACCACCUCCACCGCCGUACGAUGCCAAUUCCAACGUGAUCUCGUCCCCGCAGCAAGCGUCCACCACCUACGUGCAAGUUGUGAGCAGGCCACAGGUUGGACCGGAUCCGUCCUCGAUGAUCUGCCCGUCCUGCGCCAAGCACGUCAUCACCCGGCUAGACUACGAAACGUCCACCAAGACGCAUAUUGCCGCCGGUUUGCUGUGUCUGUUCAUCUGCUGGCCAUGCUUCUGGAUCCCGUACGUGAUCGAUUCGUGCAAAAAUGCCAACCACUACUGCCCGAACUGUGGCGCGUACAUCGGAACGUACCGCGGCUAAGCUAAGCCACCGCGGCCAACUUCAACCAAACCAGGUUUAUGAUCCUGCUGGCUGGCUGGCGGAGGAAGCUGGGGCCAUGUCGAGUAUUGUGAUGUAAUCCGAUCCCACCGUCGGCCGGCUCGUGCCCCGGGGGCGCGAUUCUGCACGCCUCGGUGACCCAUUUCACCACCGAACACACGAGACCAUCGCGGCCACGGAGCGGAAUAUGAUUUUUUGUUGUUAUUAAAAACGAAAGUGCCUAACAUUGUGUGCGAGUGUUUACGGAUGAACGCGGACUGAAUGGAACCGUACGUGUGUGUGUGUGUGUGUUUGUGCCUUGACGUCGACUGUUAUUAUCGUGUAGUGAAUGAGUUUUCUGUUGAUUG